CUGUGCUCCUCUCUCUCUCUCUAUCUCUCUUUCUCUCUCUCUCGCUCGGUGCCGUUAUCCUUGAAGCUCGCUCGACCCGCUCAGUCCGUCCACAGCAGGAGGAGGGAAUGUACUGACAGUGCGCGGAGCAUCCCGGGAGCGCGCCGCCUCCGUCUCCUCCUCGUCCUCCUGCUGCUUUUCGUCUUAUUUUUUCUUCUCUUCAUCUUUUCCAGGAGUCGGUUUGUGGAUUAUUGUUGCGUCUCGUCGCUCAGGCUGCCAUGGAGGAGUCCAGCUCUCACAAGUCUCUGUGGGACGGAGAUGCGAAGGCGGUGCAGCAGUGUCUCACUGACAUCUUCACCAGUGUCUACACCACCUGCGACAUCCCGGAGAGCGCCAUCUUCGGGCCGUGUGUGCUGAGCCAUACAUCGCUGUACGACAGCAUCGCCUUCAUCGCCCUCAAAUCCACUGACAAACGCACAGCGCCCUACAUCUUCAGAGUGGACACGUCAGCGGCCAACAGCACUGCGGAGGGGCUGAUGUGGCUCAGGCUGGUUCAGUCGGCCCGGGACAAAGAAGAACAGAACCUGGAGGCCUAUGUAAAGAGCGGCCAGCUCUUCUACCGUUCGCUGCGCAGGAUCGAGAAGGACGAGGAGCUGCUGGUGUGGUACGGCAAAGACCUGAUCGACCUGCUGCUGCUCAGCUCCAGCAGGGCGCCGGCCAAAAGCAAAGGUUCGUCCCAUCAUUCAUGUCCGGACUGCAGUCAGCGCUUCCAAUUUGAGUUUCCCUUCUUAGCCCAUCUUCGGUUCCGGUGCACCAAAAGACUACAAAGUCUCACUGGAGCGGACAAUGAGACCAGCAAGGAGACCAGCACUGAGCGACCCAACACAACCCCGACCAGGACCAGCCCCAAGCUGGGUCGCUCAGAGGGCUUUGUCAGCCCACAGGAAAGUGGUAAACCCUCUAUGGACUUUCACAACUUAGCCAGGGAUCUAGAGAACAACAGGACCAGCCCACCCAGUGACAAGGAGGCUGAGAUCUGCAGCGAGAGUUCUGGGAAAAGGAAGUUCUCAGACAUGGAAGACAGGGAGUGCCGCGGGUCCGGCCUUCCCCAGUCCAAGUCGAAAGAAGAGCUCGCAACUUCUGCCCAGAACUACCGUGGUGUGUACGGGCUGGAAGAUAGCCACAGGUCCUUCACCUCACCAGGCUCCACAAAUCUCGGAGAAGCCAAGUGCAGCGCCUUCACUGAGGUCAAGAAGUUGCCUCAGAACCUCAAACACCACAGCGGCAACAAGAACCUGCCUGGCUCCAACUCUGAAAACAAGGACACCAGCCGCCCCAGCAGCAAUCCUUCAGAGAAGCACCUCAGCAUCCGACAGGUCUUAUCAGAGAACCAACCAGCCCAGGCCUCACCAAUAGGCAGUGCGUUUACCUCUGUUAGCCAGCAGGGCAGAGGUGGGAGCAGCGGCGAGAGGAAGAGCGCUUUCAGCCAACCGUCUCGCUCCUCCUUCUCCCAGAUAUCACCACUCGUGAUGCCGCCCAAGCUUCUGGACUGCCACCCAGCAGUAGGCGACACCAUGUCCUCCAACAGACUUUACCAGGCCGACCACCUCGCCGCCAAGCUGCAGGGCGCAGAACUCGGUGCCAGCUGCCCUGUGCCGGGUGGCAUGGCCAAGCAGAACCCCUUCAUCUAUGCCACCGCAUUCUGGCCCAAGAGCUCUGGACCCAUCCAGCUUCAGAUGCCGUCCACUCUCACCCUCCUGCCCCCCUCCUUCACCUCUCUCUGUCUGCCGGCGCAGAACUGGUGUGCCAAGUGCAACGCCUCGUUCCGCAUGACGUCAGACUUAGUUUACCACAUGCGCUCGCACCACAAAAAGGAGUACGCCAUGGAGCCACUGGUGAAGCGGCGGCGUGAGGAGAAACUCAAGUGCCCCAUUUGCAACGAGUCCUUCCGAGAGAGGCAUCACCUGUCACGUCACAUGACCUCGCAUAAUUGACUUUCAAAGACCGUGGUGGAGGGCCUGUGACCCUGCCUGGAAUAAAACACCCAGCGGAGACACGUGGAACCACAAAAAACAGUCCCAGCACUUGUUUUCACUAUGGACAAAAACAAUUUUAAAAGAUUAAAAUUCCUCUUUGAUCUGUUUACUUUUUCUCCUCUGUACAAAAUGUCACAUUCUGUGUUUUAAUUUCAAAAACAAAUCUAUUUAUGAAGCACUUAACAGUUUGAGAAUAAGUGAAGGUUUAAAUAUGUGUAAUUGUACAGUAAGUUGUAUUUUAUAUCAUAAAAAUGCAAAUUAUUGUGAAGAAACACAAAUAUAGUUGCACUUCACAACUUUUUCAUGUCCACAGCGAAUAAGGACUCAAAUUGGGGAAAUUAUGUCAAGUUAUAUUUCAGAGUGCAUGCAAUAUUAGAUAUUAUUAAUUUAAGAAGCAGACUAUAUGUUGCCAUGUACAUAAUUUAUUUGAUUUGAAAUACAAAGUGUAAUAUUUUGUGUCAGUGGGGAAUAGUUUCAGUGUUUCUUCCUUUUGCG